GAAAAAUCAAGAGUUGUCUAGAACAAAGUGUUUGUCUGAACAGAAGAAAAUUCCAAGAGGAUUGAAUCGAGUGACAAUGACAGGGGAAACCAUUUUGCAUAAGAUCUGCAAGAGGAACCAGUCGGAGGCAUUGGUCAAUGUGCUCUCAGUACCAGGAAAUGACAUAAAUGCUAAAGACAAUGCUGGUUGGACACCCUUGCAUGAAGCAUGUAAUCAUGGCAGCACAGAAUGUGUCCACAUUAUGCUACAGCUCUGCCCUGAGUUGGAUCUCCUUAGUGAGGUUGAAGGGAUGACUCCACUGCAUGAUGCACUUAACAAUGGACAUACAGAUAUUGCCAAGAUGCUCCUUCAGCAUGGCGGAGCUGUGCUGCUGGAGCAGAUGGAUAAGAAUGGAAAAACACCUUUAGAUUAUGUCCAGAAGUCGGCUGCAGAGGAACUCCUUGCCAUUGUCAAAGAACCAUCCCAGAGUGAAAAGCCAGUUAACACAUUUUUAAUAGAAAUGGGCUGCAGUUUGCUAAACUCUUUGUUGACCAGCUAUUUGGAUGUCUACCACCUGUUAGUAGAUAGGACCAUCUCCUCCCAGGAUUCAGUGAUUUACCAGCUGAAAGAUUUAGUGGCCACACACACAUUUGAAAGCAUAAUCAGCUCCUGGAAUGACCCUGAGAUGAUUCAAUAUGCCAAGGAUUUAGAAACUUUGCUGAAGAUAUCCAUAUAUUACAAGCAAAUAUCACCAGUGGUAAAGGCAUGCUCGGGGGUGCACAGUAUUGCAUUUGUGUUGUUGUUGGAAUUUUUAUCAUGUCAUUGACUAUGCUUCACUAUGUUUCAAACAUAAAACUAAACUUAGUCUCACAGCAUACCUAUAAUUUCAACCAUCUGCUUCUCCAAAUCUUUAAUUAAAAAAAAAUAUUUUGUCAUCUUUUCUGAUUGCAGUCAACCAUGUCCUUAAAUUAUAAGUUAUUUACUAUGUUUUUUUUUCCUGCAUAAUUCACUUUUUCCAUCUUUUUUCGGUGUAAACAAUAAUUAGCUUUUUGAAUUAAAAGUAUUGGCAAGUUUGUUUGGAUAAACAAACAUGUUGUUGUGCAGGUAAAAUUUUAGAAAUUCUCUAGGUAUUUAACAAAGUUACAGUGUAUGGAAUUAUUAAAUGAUAUAUGAUGAAUUUCAUGACAGUAUAUCAUAUAUGUCAAGUGAAAACUAAUCUGAGCUAGUUGCAACUACAGUACAUCAGAGAAAUAACCUGAUUUGAUCAGCAAAGUUUUGCUUUUUUUCUUGUUGUUUCCAAAAAGUAGUGAAAGUCAUUGUGUAUUCAGAAAUUCUUCUUAGGGAAAAAAAAGGUAUAUUUUGUAUGAGUGUGCAAUUUUGAUGUAAGCCAUCUUCAAAAGGCAGACACAGCAAAGUGUUUGAUCAAUUUCUUCUCCAAUGGUACACUGACAAAAGCAUGAGUUGUGUUGAAAACUUGUAGAUAGCACAGUCCUAAUACAACUGUCUCUAAUUUUAAAUUAUUUUGGAAAUGCUCUGCAUUCUUCCAUUACAGUGCUUUCAGUAUCGGUAUAUCUUUUCACAUCAUUGGUGUAUUUCACAGUAUACAUUUAUUUUUUUGUAUGCUGUGUUUUUAAGUAAAAAUUGAAUAAAGUAAAUGCUUGUGGAA